AUGGCAACAUUUUUACAGGGACUGUGGUUGAUACCAAGAUAUGCCACCCAACUUAAUUUGACUUCUACUUCUGCAGCCAUGCUGCUAUUCAGGUACCAAAGGUGUACAAGAUCUGUGUCCAUAGCUGUUUACUAUGCACAUUUGGCUGCGAUUCAUGCACGCUGCUACAUGGAAGGUGGUGAGUUGUCUGAUAGUGACCGGGUUGCUGAGGUGCAUCUUGUCCCUAUGAUUCAUGAGAAUGUCAAGAGUGUCAUGUACUACUGUUAA